AAUCCGAAUAUGUGUCUACUGAUUUCGCCGUAAUGUGUUGCAAUAAUAAUUAAAAUUAUAAUAAUAAUAAUAAUAAUAAUGGAAUAAUUUAUCGUUUGAAUGUGUUUUAUCCCAUUGUUUUGUCGGUUAAGUUUGGCAAAACAGUGAUACCGUAACACACACCGUCGAACCGUAAUUAUCGUACUACGCCGAUGAGCGUGCGGGGCAAAAAGUUAAACAAUUAAUUUUUUUUUGUCGUAAAAAAUUAACGUCGAAAACAAUAAUCAUAUGUUCGAAACGACGAAACCGACCAAGUGCAGAAAUUCGGACUACGUAGAGCUAUCGCUUUUUACGCGCGCAGACAUAGAUGGUAUCGUAUCGGGUUUUCAAUCACCAAGUUGUAGUUAUCGCCUCGUCAAAUGCACCGAACGCUGCUGCUCAACAUCACCACGGCGAUCCUAGUGCUCGCAGUUCAACAGAAUAACGCAUGUUUCGUACGAAGUGUUAUGCGUUUUGUACAAAAAGCAGUCAUCAGAUGGGAUGGAUUUGAUCAAAAAUACAUACAAAUGUUAUCCGUCAACGAUCAAAACGUGGAUAUUCAAUACUGGAACUCGGAUAUUGGUAAUCAUGAUUCGAUAAAAAUAAGAUUCAAUCACGAAUAUGAAAUAUUAGAACAUUGGAUUCCGGAUUUGCCUUUGAAAGUGAUCAUACAUGGAUGGCUCGACUCUAUCAUACACGAGGAUGGUGUGUUUUGUAUCAAAACAGCUUAUAUAAAUGUCGGAGGAUAUAACGUGAUAACCGUGGAUUGGGGUGGCAUAGCGGGAAACCGGAAUUACAUGUUGCCGAUGUUGAUGACGUCAAAAAUAGGUGCUAGACUAUCCAAGGUGUUGGAAAAUAUCGUGAAUCUCGGUAUAAUCAAACCAGAAAACAUACAUCUGAUCGGUCACAGUCUCGGAGCCCAUAUCGCCGGCGUGUGUGGAUCUCUGAUGAAGUCAGGAAAAAUCGGCCGGAUUACGGGUCUUGAUCCAGCUGGACCGGGUUUUGAGUUUGCAAAAUUGCAGAAAAAAGGGCUGAAAAAAACUGACGCCCAAUUCGUGGACAUUAUCCAUACAUCCGGUGGUUCUACGGGAAUUUAUCACUCAGCAGGUCAUGUAGACUUCUUUCCGAACGGCGGCACUGUGCCUCAAUCGGGUUGCUACGAUGGUAUGCAAAUCGAAAGGAUAAUUGGAGUUGUCGGUUGCAGCCACUCUAGGGCAUACAUGCUGUACGAAGACUCGGUGUACCAUGCCAAUUCUAUGAUGGGGGUCAAGUGUCGAUCCUGGAGUGAUUACGAAGAAGAAAAAUGCGACAAAGACAUCACAACGCCGAUGGGACAUGGCACUUCAACCAAGGCGAGAGGUGAUUUUUAUUUAAGAACCAGAAGUACUGCUCCUUUUGAUGCUCCAGAAACACCAAAAGAAGACCUCUAAAAUUGUGUUCUCUUUAUAUUACUAACGACGUUAAUUAACUGUGAACGAGCAAUAAAGACAUUUGGUUUCUCAACAAUUAACAAAAUUUAUAAUUUAUAAUUAGCACAAAGCAUAAAUUAUCAGUAUUUUAAUGUAAUGUUUCAAAGUGCCUAAUAUUUUAGUCGUGUUAUAAAUCGAUUUAAAUUAUAGCUACUUGUAUUAUUAUUUAUAAAUGUUGAUAUAAAUUAUU